GCGGCCUCCACCCCCCGCCAAAUGACGCGCUUACGCCGCCGUGUGGGAUCACGUGGCCGCGGCGGCCCGGUGGCGGCGGAAUGGCGGCGCGGGGCGGAGGUGCGGAGGACUCGUUCAAUGUCCUGGACCUGGCGGAGUACACCAAGAACCGGCCCUGGUGGCGCAAGGUCUUUGCCCCCAGCUCAGGGUCAAGCGCUGAGAAAUACAACGUGGCCACGCAGCUGCUGAUCGGAGGGGUGACGGGAUGGUGUACUGGAUUCAUCUUCCAGAAAGUUGGAAAGCUGGCAGCGACAGCAGUGGGAGGUGGCUUUUUCCUGCUUCAGAUCGCAAACCACACAGGAUACAUCAAAGUGGACUGGAAGCUGGUAGAACGGGACAUGAACAAAGCCAAGCAGCAGCUGAAAUUUCACAGCAGUGGUAAUAAAAUGUCUCCAGAAGUGAAAAGCAGAGUGGAUGAGGUGAUCAUAUUUCUGAAGAAGAACGUUAUCCUGACCGGAGGGUUUGCUGGAGGAUUCCUGCUCGGAAUGGCAUCCUAGAAACUGCGUUUGACUCUCCACGCCCAGCCUUCCCUGCCCUCCUCUACUGCUGUUUUCUCUCACUUAGAAGUCAAAGGAUAUUGCAGACAUGCUCAGUCCGUUCUGCUCACAGGUUCCAGCCUUUUUUCUUACAACGCUGCUUCUGAUUUCCAACGUUUUCCUCUGGGCUAUGAAGGUGCUGGGAUUUGUCUGAAAGCUUAUGACUCCUGGUGUAUCAUUGUGAUCCUUUUCCCCACUAAAUAUGCCCAGGCCCAAAUUUUCUGAUGAGUUGCAGCCUCUUAAACAUGUAAUGGCAGAGAAACCUCUUAAAUGAGCUUCUUCCCAGGUGCACAGGGCUGUUACGUGUACAUUUGCCUGCCAGUAUAUGUGUACAACACCUCCCAGCUCUUCACUGCUCUUUAGCUUGCACUUUUUCUGCCCCAGUACCUGGGAAGCCUGUGCUUCCCUCUGCACAGAGAUGGUGUGUGCAAUCCAAACUGCGCUUGGCUGUCCUGGGGUCAAUGCUGGAGUGUUGGGACAGGCUGGGCUGUGUUCAUAAGGAGCAAGUUCAUGCUACAUGUGGUGCUGGGGGUUCUCCUGCCCUCCCCCUGCCAUUGCACUGCACGUAGAUGGUCGUUUGGCUGCUUCUAUGUGUUAUUUAUACCCCUUACUGGAACUGCAGCACUGGCACUGCUGAUGGAAACAGCACCACGGGUGGCUCUCCAGGCCCUUUCCUCAUCAUGUGUUCUGAAAGUCACCAAGCUUCCUGUUCUGCUAGAGUGUGCUUCUAGAGUGUUAGAGCAAGUGCUUCUCACUUGCUAACUGACAGCUUAGCCUUUGAAAUGUGCUGAGGUGCUCUCUUGUGGAGGGCAGGCUUCCAGUGUGCUUGACCUGGCCGUGUCAGGUUAGCAGUGUGUGCUUCAGCUGUGUGACUUCCUGUAAAUCACCUUGGGCCUCACACUGAUGUUUCUAGGUCUGCUAUGACCUUCUCUUGGUUGCUGGUGAUGCUCUUAGAGCUGUAACCGUGUGGGCCAGGAUCAUAGGCAGGAAAUGCAUGUCUCUUUAGGGUAUGUUGUAUUGGUCCAGGGUCCCUCUUGCCAGCUCUGCUGGAGCGGUGGCAGGGGAAAAUGGGAGUGCAGUCCUUCACCUGCCUCUGUAGAGCACAGACUCCUUCUCCCCAGGCUCUGCAAGUAACUGCCAUGACAAAACUGUUGGGAAAACCAGGUUGUGCUCUUGGGGGAGCGGCUCAUUUCCAUACUUUCUGCUUUGGUUAUGUUCUUCCUUCUUUGCGUUUACCAUCUCUACAAAAAAAGCUGCUUGCUUCACUCCAUCAGCUGCAGCCCUUCUCCAGAUGCAGAGGUCUGCUGAUUUUGGACUGUCUGUCCUAGUGCAGCUGUGUGCACAGCAGAACUCUAACCUACAAGAGAAAAUGACUAAAAAUUACAGAAAAUCCGUUAGAUAUGUCCUGCAUUGGCUGUGAUGGGCUGGCAUUGCCACUUGGCAGAGCGUGGGGGCUUGGGUGACAGCAUGGGAUAUCCUCCAAGCAGGUACAUGUAGGAGUUCUUGCCAAGGAUUUCUUCUUUUGUGUGUGAAAGUCAUCCAUCCUUCAGUAGGAAACAUGCCAGAGAACAAUGAUGUGCAUGGGUAAUGGGGACGCUACACCCCAUCUCCAGCACUGUGUAAUGCCUGUCUGAUCACCCACUGCUGCUCUCAGUAUGGCCAGAAAUGGGGAUCUUUCCCCAAGAGCUGCUGGAAUGGUGGGUUCUUGCAUCAGACGUGUUGGGACUUGCAGUUAAUGUUGACUGAAGUGUCAGUGUAGCAACACAUUGACAUAGCCGAGGUUUUCUCACCUUCUGGAUCUGAAAAAGACUGCAGGUAAUCAGGAAACAGAUGUUGGUCUCUUGGUCCUGUCCUGCUGUGCAUGGCCAAGGAGAAUGAAGGAGCAGCUGUGCUCAUGUCCUUUUAGUGAUGGGCUUCCUAAAAGCCACCCUGGACUGCAGGAGUGGUGUGAUGCAGCAAAGAGGUCUUCAGGAAAUUGGUGUUUGGGAGGGGAGUGACACGUGGUGGUGGUGGUUUUGGUUUGGUGUUUUGUUUCUAGGAACCCUGCAGAAUAGAUGCAUGAAUAGAUACACUUCUGUUGCAGGGUGUCUCUUGUUCCUGUAGGAAAACAGCAUUGCUGCCCCUCCUCCUGGUGUGCUGCGUAACACAACUUCUUCUGAGGUGCACUAAUCUCCACGAAGCUUUCUGCAACGACAAAGCUCAGAGUAAAUCAUUAACAGACUGUACCGAUGUUUUUCAGGCUCAAAUAAGUCACUAUUUCUGCCCAGCCCCAGGGAAGGGUGUGUUGGGUUUGCUCCACACGGUCCCAACUUGCUGCUAUGGAGAGAAAUUGCCCAGAGAGGGAGCUAAAACGCCUCUAUUGCUGCUGGAAGGGGAAACAAAUGCCAAAAUUAUGUUGAGUUUGACGCGAAUGCAGGCAGGGAAUGAACAAGGACAUUGGGAUCUGGUAAAUCUUUCUGCUGUGCUGGUGUGGGGCUUGUGGCUGGCACCGUUGGAUGCCGGGGGCCCACACUGGAAGCUUUGAUGCUGAAUCAACCUCCGUAGGGAUGCAUUUUCAUUGCUGCAGGUGUCAAGACGAGGUGUUCCCACCCCUCCCCACCCCUGCUCCUUUUGGUCUUGUUUCAACAACUUCUGGCAUCUGUUAGAGUGUGAGAAGGUUUAAAACACACUAGGCUUUUAAAGUGUUUUUAUAUAUUGUAUGUAAAUGCUUGUUGAAGUGAUAUUUUAUUAAACAGUUUUGCUCUAAUA